AACUAUUUUAAACCAAAUAAUGACACAAGUUGAAAGAUAAAAGAGAGAAAGAAGAGGGAGAGGAAGAAAGCUAUGGCGAACAAGCUGCUUAGCGAAAUGGGUCUUCCCAAGUCUAUUGCCAACAUUUUUGCUGCUCGUAACCUUAUUACUGCUAAGGACGUAUUGUCAUUGACAGAAUUCGAGUUGAUGGAAUUGUUAGAUGUGGAUUUAGCUGUAGUAGCAUCAGCAGUGGCACACAUCAGUGAAAUUACAUGUCCUCCUUACCAAACUGCACUUUCAUUGCUGGAACAGAGGGUUCAAAAUGAGAGAAUGGCUGGCCAUCUUCCAACUUGUCUAAAAGGACUCGAUAAUGCUUUGUGUGGUGGAAUUCCUUUUGGUGUUGUGACAGAGCUAGUGGGUCCGGCAGGCAUUGGUAAAACUCAGUUCUGUUUGAAGCUUUCGUUAUUAGCUUCUCUUCCAUCAAGUUAUGGCGGCUUAGAUGGUUCUGUAAUUUAUAUUGAUACAGAAUCCAAGUUUAGUUCAAGGAGGAUGAUAGAAAUAGGAUAUAAUAGCUUCCCCGAAGCAUUUCACGCUGAAGGGAUGGCGCAGGAGAUGGCUGGAAGGAUCCUAGUUUUAAGACCGACAUCACUUUCUGAAUUUACCGACAGCUUGCAGAAAAUCAAAGUUUCACUAUUUCAACAUGGUGUGAAAUUACUGAUCAUUGACAGCAUGGCUGCUCUUCUUGCAGGAGAUUUGACACGUGGUGCUCAGAAUCCUCUUCUUGCAGUUGAUGUGAUUUCACGUUAUGCGCCAAUUGAAGGUGUACAAGGACCUCAGAGACAACACUCAUUGGGUUGGCAUAUAUCAUUUAUCAAAUCAGUUGCAGAAUUUUCACGAAUUCCUGUAGUAGUGACCAACCAAGUGAGAUCUCAAAGUCGUGAUGAGACUUCCCACUAUUCUUUCCAAGAGCUGAGCAGAGUCGAUCGUCCAGAAGCUACCACAAAUCUUGAUUCUCAUCUUGUUGCUGCUUUAGGGAUCCACUGGGCUCAUGCUGUUAGCAUUCGUCUUGUAUUUGAAUCAAGAUCAGGUCAAAGGUUCAUAAAAUUAGCAAAAUCUCCACUAUCUCCACCUCUUGCAUUCCCUUUCAACAUAACUUCUUCUGGGAUUUCAUUGCUUAAUGAUGAUGGAGUGGAAAUGCCAGGGCCAGAGAUACAUACAAUACAUUGUCAAGGUCACAGCAGCAUUAUUAAUGUCGGAAGCGAAAUGAUGCAUUGAGCUUCAGAAGCAAUGCUCCCUUGCUCUAUGUAUAGGUGUAAAUUCCAUCACUCGACGAACAACAAAUGAUCAACUUUUACAUGAAAAUUCUGUUGGUAGUAUGUGGGCUUCUUCAAAUUAAGGAUUCACAACUCCCUCAGAUCCAUUCUGCUGAUAGUACCCCCUCACAGGGGACGUAGUAACAUAACUUGAUGGCGCUUGCCCCCGUCUCGCCUCCAUUACAUAGCUCACAUUGUGUGGGUUUUCCUCUCAGGCCCCUUGAACAACUUGACCAUAUUCUUACUCUUAGAGAUUCAUUCAUUAAUUUUGUUUAUUCGGACACGAAUCGUGCUCUCUUUUUGACUGCCAUACUGAUGUGUAUAAACUGUAAUUCUUAUUUGUGAGUGAAGGGAUGUUGAAGUGCUUACCAUUAAUUA